GAGUCUCCUUUAACAAAAUCUUGCCGCGUCACUGGGAUGCGGUCGCCGGAGCCGGGCACCUCGCCUACCAUCCCCGCGUAUGUCCCCGCCGCCGUGACAAUCCAACCACCAUUUAUUCCACACACCAAAGAUGACAGCUCAGUCAAACCCAGCCCUUGCAGCCUCACAGGAACAGCGCUUUUUGGUGUUGUUUGACUUUGAUGAGACCAUCAUCAAUGAGAGCAGUGACGAUGCCGUGGUGCGGGCUUUACCGAACCAAGAACUUCCCGACUGGCUGAAGAACAGCUACAGGGAGGGCCACUACAAUGAGCACAUGCAGAAGGUCUUGGCUUAUAUGGCAGAACAGGGUGUGACAAAAGAGUCCAUCCAUUCAGCUGUGGUGAAGAUCCCACCCACACCUGGCCUCCCGAAGCUCUUCCAGUAUUUGCAGAGUCGCCAGCAAGACUUCGAGUUGGUGGUGGUGUCUGAUGCCAACAUGUAUUUCAUUGAGACGUGGUUAGAGCAGGCUGGAGUGCGCAGCAAUUUCAGGAAGAUUUUCACAAACCCUGCAAGUUUUGACGCAACAGGUCGUCUUGUGCUGCUCCCCUUCCACUCUCACUUGUGCUCUAGUUGUCCUGACAACAUGUGCAAGCAGGCGAUCCUUCGGGAGUAUCUGGCAAAGCGGCAAAAGGAGCGCGGUGGUGCCCCUUUUCAGAGGGUUUUCUAUAUCGGAGACGGGGCCAAUGAUAUCUGUCCCUCUCUGGCUCUUGGGCCCCGGGACACAGCGUUCCCUAGGAGAGACUUUCCCAUGCAUAGACUGCUGCUGGACAUGCAGCAGUCUCAGGCAGCUACGUUCAAGGCUAACAUGGUUCCUUGGGUUAGUGGAGAGGACAUAGUGGACUGCCUGAAAAAAAUAAUGGCGGAGAGAUGAAACCAGUGGGUUCUAAUGUGUGUAUGUGUGUUUGUAAGGGUGGGUGAAAGAAGGGGCAAAUAUAUCAAAAGGGCACUAACCCCAGUCCUGGUAAGCAGCAGGAUAAGCAUGACUUUACCCACUUUACGCACUUUGUACACCUUUAUUAAGAUAGUGUUAAUCUUUUUUACUCACCUGUAGAAGAAGAACUGUUCAAAACUUUUGGGUAAACCCUUAUUUUUGGUCUGGUUGAGAAGCUGCUAAGAAAAUCGAUGCCACUGUGAUAUCUAUACAAUAUAUAUGUGGCUGGAGCAAGCAGUAGGUUAGCUUAACUUAGCAUUAAGACUGAAAACAAAGGCAAUCUGUAGCAUCAUCGCAAUGCUACUAAAAGUUGUUGUUUGGUUAGCAGUUAUGUGACUAUCUCUUGGGCAAGAGCAGAUAGCAAGUAACCAGUGGAGGCUCCAGAGGUAACUGCAUCCAGCUAAGAAAUAAUCAAUCACGUUACCUUCCAUAGAACUGUGAAUUUUCCCUUUUUUUGUAGGAACAAAAAAACGAAGGUGAAAGUAGUUAAAGUGUUUGAGAAUAUUAUGAAAAUAUUAGCAUAUUUCCCCAAACUUUAUGCUAGUCCUACUUCUGCUAUCCUGGCAUAAAGCCUAUCUCUAUGAAAUGGUUUUAAGUGCAUAUGCAUAUGCUAAUCACAAACACUAAUUGAGGUAUGCACUGCAGUAUUGAUGAUGCACUCAUUUCUUGUUUUCAAGCUGAAUCGAAACGCUGAAGACCAAAGUUGAGUGUAGUGUGCUCCAGAGCGAACUGAAUCAAAUAGAGGUGGCUCAUUAAACACACCAUGCUCUGCAAUAUGAAUGCAAUUCACUUUGCAUCCGAGCAUUUUUAUUGUCAUGUAAUGUCGUUACACAAGAUUAUUAUAUAAGGUUACAUAGAUUUUAUUCACCAACAGCUUAAAGCUGUUCCACUCUUUGAGGUCUCUCUGUUGACAGCCUUCUUUCAUAAAAACACCUCACACAGCAUUCAAAGCCUUGUUGAUGGACACACAAGUAGGAUCAGAUGUUAUAGAACUGCCUGCAACAAAAGACCACACAUGUCGUGUCAGGUUGGGACAAGGACGGCAUAGAACAGGGAUAAAGUAACAGAGACUUGUGCACCCACCUGUCACUGAUACCUAUUCUUGAUUAUACAACCGUAAUCUACACCAGCAUGAGAUCCAAAGGGAGCUGUGGCUGUACGCCUGCACUUUGGCCCAACGUUAUUCCCUAGAAGUCUGAAACGAUGAUAGAAACUGUACCAGUUAAAGAUUUUAAACUCUUAUGAUGUAGUUAUUAGAUAGCACUCUUUAUACUAGUAAUAUUAAAUCUCACAGUAAUGAUUAUUAACAUUAAUAACCAUUUAAAGUUCAGGAAGAUUUACAGUAUAUUCUCUGAACUCUGUCUGUAUGUAGGAAUGUAUCCCUAUAUACUACAUUGAUAUGGGUGAAUUAUGAUGGUUCAGCCUUUUUGGAGUAUUUACAUUACUAACUCAACAUUUAACCUCAUUUUGCUGCAAUAUGAUUAUAGGCACUGGAAAACACAUUUUAAAGAAACACAUGUGUUCAUAUGCAUGGUUUACAGGGAGAUUCUUAUUGUUUUUGAAUUCAGGAAAUCAUAACACAUUUACUAUUCAAUCAUAUUGAGGCCUUUAUUGUUUUUACAGGGAUACACUUUCUUGUGGUCUAUUUAAAAAUGUACCCAUAUGUAUGUAUUGGACCGGAUAAGUAACUAUAGGCAAUAGUUAAUGCGAAUGAGUGUAGCUAUAUUUGCAUUCAUUUUGUAUUUUGAAUAUUUCAAACAAUAUAUCCACUUACAUCUUGUACAAGUCAUUACAUUUUACACAAAGGGGUCUGGUGCUGAAUAAGAGCAGCAAAUCAGAUGAGUAAUACGUAUUUUUGGUGAUGAAAAUCUUCUAGCCUUAAUAAAAAAAACAACAUUAUACUGUAAAAGUGCUGGAAAUUUCCUUUACCAGUGUUUUAAUUUUUCUCAGGGAGACAAAUAAAAGAGUGUUAACAGACUAACAGAACAUGUAUUUAUCUGUAGUAUACUAAUGCUACUUAAAGAUCAAAGUAUCCAGUUUUGACUGAAAAGUAUGGAUGUUUUUGAGAUGAAAAUAAUGCGGCUUGAGUUUGAUCCUGAAAUUAUUCAAGAACAAAGACUUAUUGGUAAAGGCUUUGUGGUUUGGAGCCAAAAGUCCUGUGAGUGUUAGCCACUCUAAUGCUAGAGAUUAGGGUUCUUUAAUUUGCUUUACCUGUGUGUGUGUAUCUGUAAAACUUCUAUGGAGUUUUGUGCAAUAACAGAUAAUGUAACUUGAUAUAAUAUAUAAUAUAUAAUAGAGAUUCAAGAUUUAAUUUAAAGAAAAAACUUGACAUUUCAGGGAUGAGAGUUGACAAUAGAUCACCCUACUAGUGUUUUUAAUCUGAAUUUGAAAUGGUGUUAUGGUUAACAACAACCAAAUAAAAUGAUGUGUUGUUGCUCGAC